AGUUGCGCAUGCCAUGUCACACCUCUUAACUUUACCUCUUUGCUUUACCUUGCAGUUUGCCUAACUUCGUGCAUAAAGAGGACUAAUCAUGGGUAAACAGCACUAAAAUCCUAACCUGGUCUUCGUAUUAAUCGAGUAUCUUUUGCGCGCUCGAUUUUAUAUGAUAUAUAUAUACCUCUUUCAUAACCUCAUGAAAUGAGUUUACUUUUAUUUUGGAUAAGUAAUACAAAAUACUUUAUUGAAUAAUAACUUGGCUUUGGAACUAAUAGAUUUUUAAAGGGAGCUCUCUUGAGGCUAUUUUAAAUGUAAAGCCUAUGUCUGAAAUGAAUUACUCCUCCAAGUGAAGUGGACAGAACUAAACCAUGGAGAAUGUUACUUCAAUUCCAAAUAACCAAACACUUGGUCCAUGGACUGAUUAUAGCACGGAAUACAAAGUGGUCAGCAUAUUUUUUGUGAUUCUCAUCUGUGGGAUAGGAAUAGUUGGAAACGCUAUGGUGAUACUAGUUGUUCUUACAACCAAACACAUGCGGACACCGACUAACUGUUACCUGGUGAGUUUGGCGGUGGCCGACCUGAUGGUUCUGACGGCGGCGGGACUGCCGAAUAUUACACAGAGUUUGUAUGGAGGCAGCUGGGUGUACGGAUACAUCGGGUGCCUUAGCAUAACUUAUUUCCAGUACUUGGGCAUCAAUGCAUCUUCAUGCUCAAUCACCGCUUUCACCAUUGAGCGGUACAUAGCCAUCUGCCACCCCAUAAAAGCGCAGUUUAUGUGCACUCUGUCAAGAGCAAAGAAAAUCAUAGUGGUCGUUUGGGCUUUUACCUCGCUCUACUGCGCCAUGUGGUUUUAUCUGUCUGACACGAACGAGUUGAUUUACGACAAUAUUACCUUGGUCUCAUGCGAGUACAAAGUGUCAAGAAAUCUUUACCUGCCAUUUAUCUACUUCACUGACUUUGCCAUGUUCUACGUGGUGCCCCUCAUGCUAGCCACUGUUCUGUAUGGAUUUAUCGCUAGAAUUCUUUUCCUCAACCCAUUGCCGGCUGACCCCAAGGAAAAUACAAAGUGGAAAAAAGAAUCAUGCCAAGGAAAUAGGAUGAUGAGCACCAACAAUUCAUCCUGUAGCACAACCGUCCGCUCUCGCAGGCAGGUUACUAAGAUGUUAGCUGUGGUGGUGGUGCUCUUUGCCCUCCUCUGGAUGCCCUACCGGACGCUGGUGGUGGUAAACUCCUUCCUGGACAAGCCUUACCUGGACCUCUGGUUCCUACUCUUCUGCCGCAUCUGCAUCUACCUGAACAGCGCCGUCAACCCUGUCAUCUACAACGCCAUGUCUCAGAAGUUUCGCACCUCCUUCAAGAAGUUAUGUCACUGCGGUCCACAGCGAUUGGAGAAGCCGGCGUCUUACAGCUUGGCCCUGACCUACAGCGCCAUCAAGGACACAACCAACGGAGAGAGCCCUGACCACUUCACUACCGAGAUGGAUGAGCUGGCCACACCCACAGCCAGUGACCAGUUCCUGCCCAGCACCAAGAGGAUAUCAUUCGAGGACCCCUGUCUGUCAGGCAGGGUUGCCCUUUGCACUCCCUGACGGAAAAAGUAACUCCAUUCAGGCAACAAUGAUUAUCUGAAAGGAUCUUCUUGUCCUUAAGCUCUAGUUUGUGAUAUCAAAAUAGUCUCCAGCAGCAUACUUCCAAUUCUAUUCUAUAACAAAUUUUCUGUAGAGGAAUUGAUGUAAUAUUUGAGCAGUACAACGGCAAACAUUAAAUGCCAAAAAUGUGUUGUUAAUAGAGGAAGGAAUGCUUAAUUUCUUUAUCUAGCAUGGUGAAAAUAUAUUCUCCCCUCUCUCUGUAGCCAUCUUAGCACAAAGCACUCAAUUAUAGGCACUGUUUAAAUCAGUCCUAAACAUUGUGUGACACACACAUUCAAUUUGCAAGGUAAGAAUCAUACUGCUUUCACAUACUGAGCAACAGUUGCCAUCUCUGUAAAGUGUUUUCCUACAAGGGAGGUGUAGGCCAGGAACUCAGUGUGUGUGUGUGUGUGUGUGUGUGUGUGUGUGUGUGUGUGUGUGUGUGUGUGUGUGUGUGUGUGUGUGUGUGUGUGUUCGUGUGUGUGUGUGUGUUCGUGUGUGUGUUUUAAAGAUAAGCUCACUCUACAGGUGGAGUCAACCUGUCUGGGCUAAGUUGUUUAAACCACCCUGCUACUUUGCAUGUUUUAAAACAGCACAGAGAGAAUGUGAUCACUGACCACAUUUCAAAGGCAGAAUUCAAAGGAGGCAGAGUAUCAAAACCAUCUCUGCUCGAGGGGUGUAAAUAUCACACAUUGCUUUAAAUUGAAACCUGACUGUCAGGGAAAUAGAGAUGAGGUGGGAUGAAGUUUCUUUAAAGGUUACAGCUGAUGAAAAGGACUGAUAACAAAGCAAUGACACGCCGGAUCUGUCAUCCGUUUGAUUGCUCAAUACCAUUUGACUUUAUAGUAACCUUAUUGGCUUAAAGGUUCACCCGAUAUGAAACGUUCCGCAGGGGCAAGUGUCAAAAAUGCAGCAUGGUUAAACAUCAUGCUGUACCUGUAAUGGACUACUGUGGUGUGGAUUCAAUCAACAAGUGUGGGAAGGUUCAGAGUCCAUAGCGAGAAAGAUCUAUGAUGACUCAGACACCUGGGUGGUUGAUGGUUGUCUCUAGGUCAGGGGCCUGACAUGACCAGACCAAACGUUAUGUUGACAUCCUCAACAGCUGAGACUGAUGGUAGCAUUUCCCCAUAACGGAUCCCCCCCAAGCACAACCCACAGAGCAAAGGCGAGAUUAGAGGAUUCAUCAAUGCCAAAGUGUUUUACUUUGGAGAUUUGAGGGAGGCUGGUGAGUCAUGGUACAGCCAUAAAGCAUGGGCACAGUGUCAAAGAAACAGAAAGAAAAAGCAUAAAAGGAAUGAGCAUUGAUUGAAUUUAGAAUUCAAAUAAGGAAAAAAUUGAAAGUUUGGUGUUGUUUAUUUUAGACUGAUGAAACACCCUCUCUGUCCCUUUUAGGAUACUGUAAAAAUGCUUGCAAUUGAAUGUUCGUUGCCAUGUGAAUGAUGUACAUUUCCGAUGUACAUUUCAGACCUGUUUUCAAUUCAUACCUUUGUACCAUUUAAAUUGUGUCUGCCAGUAUAGCUAUUCUGUAAUAACGUAGUUUGUUUCGUUCAGUUUUAUUGUUUGUUCCCAUCAAUAUACAGUAUUUUACUAUGGAGCGAUCAAUGUGGAGCUACGCUGUUCUUCUUGGGUAACACUACAACUACAGUACGUUUCAAAGAAGGUACGUGAAAUAAGGAUCUGUCCCUCUUGCACCUUCAUCUAUUAUCUCCGUUGCACAGUUUCCACCAUAAAAGGGAGUGGUGCCUCGUAGCGAGUUUGCAGCAUGGACACUGUAAAACAAAUGCUGUUGUGGUGUGAUUUCAAAAAGACAGACAUCUAUGUGCAGUAUACAGUUAUUAUUAGUCAGCAAUGUUGUGUAACCUGGUCUAUUUUUGCUGGCAGUUCUCUGCAUUGUAAAAACUACCCUUGUUGUUCGGAUGGUUUGUGUUUUGUAUUUUGUAUUGUUAUUUGUCUAUAAUAAAAUUCUCAUUGAUCAUG